UAAAAUAAUGAGGUUUUGGAGGAGCGGUUUGACCUGUUAAUAGGAGGUGAUAUCAGAGUCGCCGAAACUAUGAUGGCGCCGAAUAUGUUAACCUGUAAACGACAGAAAGAAGUAGAAAACCACGGUGGAGGUAUCGACCGGAUGAGUAGUAUACCGGACUCUGUAUUAUGCCACAUCCUAUCAUUCCUUCCUACCAAAACAUCCGUCGCUACCAUGACUCUCGUGUCUCGUAGGUGGCGUCACUUAUGGGAGCAUUUGCAGGUUUUCGACUUUGAUGAGGACUCCUUUGAUACAGUCCAAGAGUCCAAAAGGUUCAAAAAAUUUGCACUUUUCGUGAAUGCUGUACUCGCCUUCCGCAAAUCCCGCGACAUUCGAAACUUUCAACUCAGUUGCGACGUUCGAAGUUCGAACCAUCGCUGUGACUGCGCUGAUAUGUGGAUCCGUGCUGCCAUUAACCCCAACCUUGAACAACUGUCUCUCUCCAUUGUCGCCGACUACAGUUUUCACAAGGACGUGGUCCUCCCUCGUUCGCUUUUGAAUUGCACCAAUCUUGUUUCCCUCUGUCUUGUUGGUGGUAUCAGAAUCAAUCUUCAACAUUUUGAGCUUCAUUUUCCAUCACUUAAGUUCCUCAAACUCGAUGCAGAUAUUGUUGAUUCCGAAAUUGACUUGCUCUCUGCCUGCCCCGUCCUUGAAACUCUGCACCAUAUUUACUUUGUACCCGAAUAUUGGACCAUACAUCCUGUGCCACCCUCUUCUCAGAGGUUGAAAUUUACCGGUGGAAAUUUCUCUUGGACUUUCCUUCAAGUAGGCAAAACAACAUUGGGCAUCAUUGGCAACUUGCAGAGUAUGGUGGAAGCGUGCAUUCACUUCUUUCCCUCACAAAAAUGUGAAUUUGUCGACCCUAUUCUCGACUGCCUCCUAGUUGAUGAUCCGUCAGAGAUACUGUUGCGUCAUUCAACAUCAAAGUGGUCACUUCGCUCUCGGAUUCUAAACCAUCCAGAAUUUUGCUAUUUACUUCAUCUAAAGUUCAUUCUUCCAUGUUUCAACACAAAUCUUAUAGUCAAUGUGCUUGACAAGUGUCAUAUGAUUCAAGUUUUCAUAAUCCAGUGCAACAAGGAGGAACAACCACCUUUAAGGACAUGGGACCCAGAGUCAACAACAGUUCCUAAGUGUCUCAAAUCCCACCUGAGUUAUAUUCACAUAGAAGGAUAUCAAGGAUUUGAAGAUGACUUGACAUUUGCUGAAUACAUUUUGCGCAACGGACUUGUGUUGAAGACAAUGCUUAUUUUUGUUGAUACUUCAAUGGAUCAAACAAAUAAGUACUAUUCUGUCAAAAGAUUAACUGAUAUACCUAGGGGAUCCAACAUGUGUCAACUUAAAUUUGACCCAACUGUAUCUUCUUAAGAUUGUUUAGGUAUUUGCCAGACACAGUAAAUUUUAUCGGCUUUGAAUAACUUUUUCUGCUAUAUGUUUGGCGGUGUGUAUUUGGAGUGCUAUGAUUUGGGAUGCUGGCAAAAUCAUGUUUGUUCAAAUUCUUGGGGCUUCAUUAACAAGAUGACAUUGAUAUCAAAACAUAUAAAUAUGUAUUUUGCAUUUCAGCAUGUAAGUUUUUUUUGGUUGGCUAAUAUCAAGACAUGAUAUGUCAAAGGUCAUACCAAUUUUGUUUAAAAAUCAUUGGAAAAUCCGAGUCAUCACCUUUAAAUAUGGGUUUUUGAAGUCACUUGUUUAGAGCGACUAUUUAUCUGUAUCUGUGCUUGAAGUUUGCUGCAUAUUUUGAUCA